UUUCACAUAAAUCUCAGUGCAGGUUCUAUUUCAGUGGAAUGACCUUAAUUUAGGCUAAAAGAAAGUGGUAAUUGUACACGAGUAAGGAGAUGGUUGUAAGGGAGGGUUCUGCUAGAAAUUAUUCAGAAAAUUCAUUAAAAGUUGCAACAAAUACAAAUGACCAAAGAGACAAAUGUACACUACAACAAACAUUUACACACCACAGAUACAAAUAAGCUGGGGAGAGGGGGGUAUGAAAUUAACAUUUGACUGGGGUUGUGCCCACAAAACUUAAUUUUGACGCAAAAAGAUCCCACAAUAUCCAAAACCGUUACACCCAGCAAAUGCAAAAAUAUUUAUUAUGAGGGAUAAGUGAAUUUUCUUUUCAUUGUUAGGUGGUGCUGGGCAAAAGAUAGGCUGGGCAUUUGGUAUUGGACUCGAGCGUUUGGCUAUGAGGCUUUUCAACAUUCCUGACAUACGACUUUUCUGGAGUGAAGAUCCAAGGUUUCUCGCACAGUUUGAGGGAAACCAGAUUAUACAGUUCAAGCCAUUUAGCAAAUAUCCACCUACCUACAAGGAUGUUGCAUUUUGGCUCCCUGAAAACUUCUCUCCAAACAACCUAUUUGAUGUUGUACGAGGGGUGGCUGGUGAUAUCGUGGAAAAGGUAGAGCUUGUUGAUAAAUUCUCCCAUCCCGAGACAAAACGAGAGAGCCAUUGCUACAGAAUAACUUACCGAUCCAUGGACAAGACAUUCACAGACUCUGAAAUCAACAGCAUACAGGAUUCGGUUCGAGAGGAAAUUAAAAAAAGACUGCUUGUAGAACUAAGGUAGAUUUCUACAACGCCCUAACCCUCUGAGUGACUCACCAAAGUGGUUUCCAUUGGCAGAACUUUCUAGCAAACCUGUUAUGCUUGCUUGCAUAAACCAGUUAUUAACUGUAUCAAAAGUAAAUACAUCAACAAUAUUUUCUGAACUUUAUAUUCCAUAAAGCAGAACUCUUUUACCUGGUCAUGAGGAUUGUAAUGUAGCUUUAGGUAAUAAACUGGAUCCAGAUGUUAAAAUCAAACAGAAAGUGGUACAAAGCAUUGUACAGAUUCUUUCAUGUAUUAUCGACCACAAACUAGUAAAACGAUCUCUUCAACUGGUCAGUGCUCA